AAUAGGCAACGAGGCAUUACCGACAGCGUGUACAAUCUCACGCGCUUACUAGUUUCCUUGUCAACAGUUAAGUGGAUCAAGUGGCCGUUGAUGAAGGUAAAGAUUGGCCACUGGUUUUAAUGCCUCUUUAUUGCACUUGUAUCAUAAUAAUAACAUAUUCAGCUUCUUGUCUUUUCCCACUUUCUUCUUUCCUUGCCACACAUAACUUACUGAUCCCCCCAGCCAUUUGGAAUAAUAUGGAAGCAAGUUAGCUCCAUCCCUUCUCACCCUUUUGUUUUCCACAUUGUACAAAUAAAAUUGUGGGGUGUUACUGUACGACAAAGAUAUUGAAGAUGGGAAUUUUCAGUACCAUAGCAAGCUUUUUAGGAUUUGGAGUCGGAACUUCACUUGGGCUGGUCAUUGGUUACUAUUUGUUCAUAUACUUCCAGCCAACAGAUGUCAAGGAUCCAACAAUUCAACCUUUGGUUGAACAAGAUUCUAAAACUGUACAACGGUUGUUUCCAGAGAUACCCUCUUGGAUUAAAAACCCAGAUUAUGAUAGGCUUGACUGGCUUAAUAAAUUUAUUGAGUACAUGUGGCCUUAUCUGGACAAGGCAAUUUGCAAGACAGCAAGGACUAUAGCAAAGCCCAUUAUUGCUGAGCAAAUUCCGAAGUACAAAAUUGAUUCAGUUGAAUUUGAAGAACUUAACUUGGGUACAUUGCCACCAACCUUUCAAGGAAUGAAGGUCUACAGUACUGAUGAAAAAGAGUUGAUUAUGGAACCAUCAAUAAAAUGGGCUGGGAAUCCUAAUAUUAUAGUUGCAAUUAAAGCAUUUGGGCUGCGAGCAACAGUGCAGGUUGUUGAUCUGCAAGUAUUUGCUGCUCCACGUAUAACUCUGAAACCUUUGGUUCCAAGUUUUCCUUGUUUUGCCAAUAUUUACGUCUCUCUCAUGGAGAAGCCACAUGUUGAUUUUGGACUAAAACUGCUUGGAGCUGAUGCAAUGUCUAUUCCUGGUCUUUAUAGGAUUGUCCAGGAAAUUAUUAAAGAUCAAGUUGCAAAAAUGUAUCUGUGGCCUAAGGCCCUAGAGGUGCAAAUAAUGGAUCCAGCAAAAGCCAUGAAAGUGCCAGUUGGAAUCCUUCAUGUGAAGGUUGUGAGGGCAAUGAAGGUUAGGAAGAAAGAUCUAUUGGGGGCAUCAGACCCUUAUGUAAAACUUAAACUCACAGAUGAUAAACUUCCUUCAAAGAAAACAACUGUGAAAUACAAGAAUUUGAAUCCAGAAUGGAAUGAGGAAUUCAAUUUGGUCAUCAAAGAUCCCGAAUCUCAAGUGUUAGAGCUUACUAUUUAUGACUGGGAGCAGAUUGGCAAGCAUGACAAGAUGGGUAUGAAUGUGAUUUCAUUGAAAGAGCUUACACCUGAUGAAUCAAAAGUAGUUACUCUUAAUUUACUCAAGACAAUGGAGCCCAAUGAUGCUGAGAAUAACAAGUCACGCGGGCAGCUCACUGUGGAAGUUUUGUACAAACCUUUCAAGGAGGAUGAGUUACCUGAUAAUGUGAAGGACUCUGAUGCAAUAGAAAAGGCUCCUGAAGGAACACCUGCUAGUGGUGGUUUGCUUGUAAUUAUCAUACAUGAAGCUGAAGAUGUGGAAGGAAAACACCACACAAAUCCCUAUGCACGACUGAUUUUUAAAGGAGAAGAGAGAAAAACCAAGCAUGUAAAGAAAAAUAGGGAUCCAAGAUGGGGUGAAACGUUUCAGUUUAUGCUAGAGGAACCCCCCACCAAUGAGAGGCUGUAUGUUGAAGUGCAAAGUGCUUCCUCAAAGUUGGGCCUGCUGCAUCCUAAGGAAAGUCUGGGUUAUGUGGAUAUAAAUUUAUCCGAUGUUGUUACCAACAAAAGAAUCAACGAGAAAUAUCAUCUCAUUGAUUCAAGAAAUGGACGGAUCCAAAUUGAGCUUCAGUGGAGAACUCCCUGAUGAUGGGGGGCACCACAUGCACACACAAAUUCCCUCCGUACAUAACUUUGCAAAGCACUAUGAAACCUCUCAAACUUGAUUCGCUCUUUCUGACACCAAGAAAAAAAUUGUGAGUAUGCUUUAUUUGUAAUUUGUUAAAUAAACACUACAAUGUGAAUACUAUGUAGUAUCUUAUGAGUUAUGCUCCCUAUUCGAGUUCUGUUAAUAUCUGUGUGAGUUAUUAAUUAACAACGCAUAAUUCCAAAAGAAAAUAAGUUACCAGAAGUACAUAAUUAGUAUUAUUGUUAUUGUUAGGUUGCAAACCACUCGCUGAAAAAAUAAAGGGAACAUUCAAAUUUUUGGACCCAGAGUAUGUUUUUACUAAAUACACAAGAAUAUGUUCUGAUCGU